UUUCUUUCUUUUUUUUUUUUACCAGGGUAAGGUGGCUUUACCCUCGGUAGACGACGAGGUUUAAAACGAGGAUUACUUGAGACGCGCACAAAUAUAUGAUCCUGUUGCGACGGAUCUGGACAAAUAUUUCUCGCCUUGAAAGCCAAAGGUUGAAGAGUGAAGGAGAACAGAGCUUAGCGAGGAAGCCAUGUAUGUGUUGCCAGUCUUCACUUGGUUGUACAGCUUGAACUACUUGAGCGAAAAAACUUUUGGAUUAAUYCAGAAAGAAGGAGAGACCUCGAAACAUGUUAAUGCUACAGGUGCCAGUUAUUCUAUAGCGGCGAAAAUCAUACGAGAGAAAAUGAAGUUAAAAAAUUAUGACAAGUGGGUUCGUCCCAACGACACAGGAGGUGCUGUCGAAGUUUUCGUAGAAAUGAAGAUUAUGGCUUUUGGGAAAGUACGGGAAGAUGACAUGGACUUCACACUAGACGUCUUCUUCAGACAAUGGUGGACAGACGAGCGGCUGGCACACGGCGUGGACAAAAUCUUCAACAUGGCGGCAGACCCAAAGAAAUAUUUUUGGACACCAGAUACAUAUUUUGUUAACGUUAAGUCGUCAAACUUCCACAAAGUGACGAGAGAGAAUAUGAGGCUUAUGAUCUGGCCUGAUGGGAAAAUCUACUACAGCACCAGGAUCACACUCACCGCGUCCUGCGAGAUGAACCUCAGCAUGUUCCCCAUGGAUACUCAGGUCUGCUUACUGAAGAUCGAAAGCUAUGCCUACACGAUAGAAGAUGUUGUGUAUAACUGGAGAGUUCGAGGUAAAGAGGACAGUUCYAUCGAAGUCUACGCUGCAGAAAUGGCACAAUUCGACAUGAAAAGCAUCCAGACUUCAAAAMGGGAGUCAAGUAACAGUAAAGGAUCCUUUGAUAGUCUGCACAUUAAAUUCAAGUUCAAACGCCGUUCUUCAUAUUUCUUCGUUCAACACUACAUUCCUUCAUCCUUCAUUGUUUUCAUUUCGUGGUUGAGCUUCUGGAUCAACAAGAACGCGGUKCCCGCGAGAGUAUCUCUGACUGUAACUUGUAUUCUUAGUACUAUGGUUCUGUUUGAAUCCAUUAAUUCGAGUCUUCCGAGAAUCUCUUACCUWAAGGCGAUAGACUACUAUCUGAUCGUGUCGUUCUUUUUCAUCCUUGCGUCGAUGGUUGAAUACUGUUUUGUACUCAAUAUMAUGGAGAAGAGCGCAGAGAUGAGUAGGAAAAACAGCCUACAGGUAAAGGAAGAGCUUGAUAGAGUGGAGUACGACUAUUUCCGUGAAAGAUUCCCAGGAGUGUCCAGACUAAAACGAGACGCCAACCUCACAAACGGUUGUCCUAGUAGCACCAUAAACAUGAACACGAUCCCCAGACCCAUCCCUACCUCGAAAGAGAACAGACAUCAGCAGAUAAAUUAUGAUUUGGAUGAUUUUCUACCUGCUGAGUGCUUGCGCUCAGGGAAAGAAUGCGUGCACUUUGUUGAUCAUUAUUCUAGGAAGGUGUUUCCGCUGUUAUACAUCUUGUUUAAUAUCGGCUAUUGGUCUUACUUUCUACCAAAAGUAGAUUGAUCUGCCCUURCACUCCUAUACACCUCUCUCAAAAAUCAUUUCUAAGACUGACAAGAAAAMUCUGAUGAAAUCGCUCUUGCGGACUUAAUUUCUUUCGAGUUUUCCUGCUUGGCUUGAGCUAAAAAAUAACAAAUGAGCUAAUUCACGCAUUUAUGGCUGCAAAUCCAAAAUAAAGAAGUCAAAAUUCGGUUAGAAUUCAAAUUCUGAAUCGAAAAUUCAAAACCAAACAGGACGCGACCUCAUGCACUGGGUGAUUCGGUUACUGAAUUCGAAUUCUGAAUCGAAAAUUCAAAACCAAACAGGACGCGACCUCAUGCACUGGGUUGAUUCGGUUACUGAAUUCGAAUUCUGAAUCGAAAAUUCAAAACCAAACAGACCUCAUUCACUGGGUGAUUCUACUUCAAUGGUUGAAUAAAAUCGCUCUCUCUGGCAAGACGAUACUUUACUGGGAAAUCAGUCUUUUAUUGGAUCAGUUAAAUUCGAGAAAAAUAAUCAAAGAUCCAGUUCAUUAGCAUCUAUUGUACGCGCGCAGUCGAUCGGUCGUAUACACAGUCCGGCCACGUGGUCGAUCGGUCUAGGAGAGGUUUAUAUAUUAAUUUUUUAAUUCAUAACUGCGCUUUGCUGUAAUGUUUGGAAUUUUAUAACAAUAAAAGAUGAAUUGAGGUGUGUGAUGUUAUCAAA